AUGCCUUCAAAACCAACCCCUGCGGAAUCAAACGACCAUUUGAAGCAGCGCAAGAUUUUGAUCGACCUAGAGGAAGUCAUCGACCAACUGGAAGUCCAUACACUUGAUGCGUCCCAAAUUGACGAAUUGAACAUCAAGCACCAACCUAUGACUCUCAACGAAGACUCAGACCUUCAGCCUCGCUUCUUCGCGCCUAGACACAACCUCCCGCAACCUAGUGACGAGCUGAUCCGUCAAGCGGUCGAUGGUGUAACUGACAGAGAGGCUUUUCAAGAUGGAAUGUCCCGAGCGUAUCACUCUGAACGGCAAUGGAGCUCUUAUGCUCUUCAAAGUUGCUGGGCAAGUUUGAAAGGUGGAAGCGACAACCCAUGGCGUUCAAUGCCUGUUUGCGAAUACAACCCUUUCAAGAGCUUGUACAAGUAUGACAAGCCCGAUUUUGGCGUCUUCGGGAUCAGGGACGUCGCCGGACCAGCAUUCCCACAUAUGAAAGCAGUCAUAUGGAACAGCCUGGAGACCGAGGGUAGCAAAGUGUGCCGCGGAGAGUUAUUGAUUAUCCUCCGCCUAAUGCUGGGCCAGCUGAGAAAGGUGCGGCUGCUUCAUCAUGAUGUCGCACUGAUCAUGAUCGUCUCGCUUAUAGGCAAGCGUGGACGCUUGUUGGAGUCCUAUUUUGAGGGUGAAAGCCUUGUUCUGCGCUGUUCUGAUCUUUACGACUUCUCAGAUGAGGAAACCACAUCAAUGGCUUACAAGGCCUUCGCGGAGUGGUAUCUCGGUGCCCCAGCGGGAAAGACAGUUUAG